AUGGACUCCCCCAGUGAUACCCCCGCGAAAUCUGAACAGAAACCGUGCAAGCAAGCCUGCGACAACUGUAGGCGUCGGAAGAUCAAGUGCUCGAGAGAGCUUCCAUGCGACAAGUGCUCCCGGCUCCUCCUUUCCUGCUCCUACAGCGACGUUCUGCGCCGUAAAGGCCCCAAGUUCCGGACUCUCUAUCCUCUGGCGCCUGUCCAUCCGCUAAUUUCACGACCUCGGGAUACCUUGCAUUAUGGCCCUCGACAGCACACUCUGGACAAGGAGUUCCUUCCAGAGGCCGGAAGUUACCCCAUAGGAGCCUCUCCCACGUCUCCUCCGUUUACCGUGGUGGAUUCCCAGUUCAACUCCCAGGAGUUCCUGGACUCAUUUACACGGCUCGGGCCUCCGGAACUGGUCUCUUCCCCCGACUCGACGAACUCCAUGUCUGACUCUGGGACCGGUCAAUGCUCUCCUUUUUCAAGACGUCUCUCGUCACCUGUUCUGCUGGCACAUGUGAACGUCUACUUCAAAUACCUUUUCCCCAUCAUGCCAGUGGUACGGAAGGAGGAAAUACAGGCGGACUGCCACCAGCUGGAAAGACUCUCUUCACGGAGGUAUGCUUUUCUGGCUUCGUUGUGUGCCGCGACUCACAUACAGCUCAAGUUUGACGGUGCCAUGGACCCCUCCGCCUUCAACACUGAGGGACAGUACAUGAUGUCAGGGGAAGAGUUGCUCGCAGAGGCGGUACGGGCAAGGAAGAAGUGUGAUCCAGUGGACGAAGUCAGCAUCGAGAGUCUUUUGACUUCAUUCUUCCUGUUUGCUUGUUAUGGCAAUCUCGACAAACAGGAGCAAGCGUGGUUCUACCUGUGCCAAGCUACAUCCAUGAUUUUCACUCUAGGCCUGCAUCGGGAGGCGACCUACUCAGAAUUUGGACCUGAAGAAGCAGAAGAAAAAAGGCGUGUCUUCUGGCUGCUCUUCAUCACAGAGAGGGGGUACGCAUUGCAGCAAUUGAAACCGGUCAUGUUACGCAACUCCAUCCAUAAACCACAAGUUCUCCGCUCGGACGAUCCCAUUCUGACUUACGGCUUCAUCAACCUAAUCAACAUAUUCGAGAAACUGACUCCCAACCUGUACGACUGGAUCUCCGCCGGUGGCGGGGAUGGCUUCUUCGAGAUGCCUCCCAUAUCCUCCAUCCAGUCCAGUCUCUCCAAGCCCAUGUCGCUAGACGGGGUAGUAGAGAUCCAAAGAGUCGACAUCCUCGUCACACAGCAGUGGCUGCAGGCGAUGAUCUGGAAGCUCUCCAUGGCGCACGCCUCGCAGCCCGGGUCGCGAGACGACGCCGUCCUUCCCUUCCAUCUCCCACUCCUGGUAGGAAAAGCCGUGAUGGACGUCAUCGGUGCUGCAUCCCAGGGAUCUGUCGAUGCCCACGGAAUUGGCAUGGAACAAAAACUCUUCGACAUAGCCAUGGCCGUCGCAGACGUUACCCGCUCCCUCGGCUCAAAAGCCUCCCACCACCACCCCGCCGAAUCCCCCGUUGACCCCCGCAAACUCCUCUGGGGCCUCCUCAGCACCCUCUCCCGCAUCCGCGGCUCCCCCUCAUACCUCUUCCCCGCCCUCCUCAAUCGCUCAAAGAGCAUCCUCGGCCUCGACUGCUCCAUUAACAUGAGCAAUUUCCUCCCCCUCAUCACCGCACCACCCUCGGGGCCCACGCCCUCCUGGCGCGACCAAGGCCAGAGUCGAUGGGACCUGCUUACGGCCGCAGACCCAGAGCCAGAGGAAUCGGACCGUGUCCCUGUCCCUGUCCCUGUUCCUGCCUCGGUAUCGCACAUUCCAUCGCCGUUGGCAUUUCACGAUACCCAUCUUCUCCGGGCGGCACGAUAA